AUGUCGAACCAGGCAGGUUCAGGAGGAUCUCGAAAAAUAUCUUUCAACGUCAGUGACCAGUACGAUAUACAAGACGUGAUCGGAGAGGGUGCUUAUGGCGUUGUCUGUUCCGCCCUACACAAGCCAUCUGGCCAAAAAGUCGCGAUAAAGAAGAUCACUCCGUUCGACCACAGCAUGUUCUGCCUGCGAACCUUGCGAGAGAUGAAGCUGCUGCGUCACUUCAACCACGAGAAUAUCAUCAGUAUCCUAGAUAUCCAGAAACCUCGAAACUACGAGACGUUCAACGAGGUCUACCUCAUUCAAGAGCUUAUGGAAACGGAUAUGCACAGGGUCAUCCGAACACAAGAACUCUCCGACGAUCACUGUCAGUAUUUCAUCUAUCAGACACUACGAGCACUGAAGGCCAUGCACUCUGCCAAUGUUUUACACAGAGAUCUGAAGCCGAGCAAUUUGCUAUUGAAUGCCAACUGCGACCUCAAAGUCUGCGAUUUUGGUCUCGCUAGGUCUGCCGCUGCCACCGACGACAAUUCUGGGUUUAUGACAGAAUACGUCGCAACAAGAUGGUAUCGUGCUCCUGAAAUCAUGCUUACCUUCAAAGAGUACACCAAAGCAAUCGACGUCUGGAGUGUUGGCUGCAUUCUUGCAGAAAUGCUGAGCGGCAAGCCUUUAUUUCCAGGCAAGGACUAUCACCACCAGUUGACACUCAUCCUGGACGUUCUGGGCACGCCAACCAUGGAGGACUACUACGGCAUCAAGUCCAGGCGUGCUAGAGAAUACAUCCGAAGCUUACCUUUCAAGAAGAAGAUCCCCCUCAAGGUUUUGUUCCCCAAGCACUCUGACCUUGCCCUCGAUUUGUUAGAGAAGCUGUUGGCUUUCAAUCCUGUCAAGCGUAUCACGGUGGAAGACGCGUUGAAACACCCCUAUCUCGAGCCAUAUCACGACCCUGAAGAUGAACCGACGGCCGAACCCAUACCGGAGGAGUUCUUCGACUUUGACCGCAACAAGGAGCAGUUAAGCAAAGAAGAGCUCAAGGCAUUGAUCUGGAAUGAAAUCAUGCGAUAG